CACCCUGGAUCAAAAUCUCGGAGAAUUGCACCCUAAUUCAAUAUUCAAUCAAUCACUGACCUAAUUAUUUUUGUUCAAUUUUGAAACCGAUUUACAAUUUUGAAAUUUGUAUUGUUGUGUGUAUUGUGUGAUUUGUUUCUGUUUGUUGUUGGAUCGUUUUUAUUCAUGGUUUCUGGAUCUUUUUUGAAUUGUAAUAAAUCGAAAAAAAACUUGGAAGUAAUGGUGAAAGAGGUUGAGGAUGUGGAAGAGGGAGAGAUUUCUGAUACUUCUUCAGUGAAAGUGAUUAUCGAAAAGGAUCUCAAUAAGGUUGAUCAUGUUGUUAAGGUUGACAGUGAUGUAAAGAGCAAUAAUAAUAAUAUUGAUAAGAUUAAAACUUGUGGUAAUUCUAGGGUUUUGGAUUUGCAGAAUUUUUACAGUAGUUGUUAUUAUGCUUCUGGUGGUGGAUUGUAUAAUCUUGCUUGGGCACAGGCUGUUCAGAAUAAGCCUUUGAAUGAUAUUUUUGCUAUGGAAAUUGAUAAAGAUACUGAUGUAAAUGUUACUAGUAAUACAAAUAGCAAUAAUAAUGAUGAUUUGAAUAAGCCUUUGAAGGAGGUUAUUUUUGUCGAUGAUGAUGAUAAAGAGGAAGGGGAGUUGGAGGAGGGUGAGAUUGAUGUUGACGACGAUACAAAUUGUGCAAUUGUUGGUGGUGGUGAUAGUUUUGAGAAUGUUUCUGAAUCUGACGUGAUUGGUGUUAGAGAUGUUUUGAAGUGUAUUUCUGUUGCGAAUGUGUCGGAAUCUUUUGCUGAAACUUGUACUAGGAUUCAAAGUGCGUUGCAGAGCAAAGUGUUCUCUGGAAUUGCUGGUUCUGAAAAGGAUGAUCUUGUUUGUUUGUUAUUCAAUGCUGUUGAAGUGGUUUAUUCUGUACUUUUCUCUAUGGACAAUUUCCAAAAGGAAGAGAAUAAGGAUAAUAUAUUAAGAUUGCUUUCUUUCCUAAAGAAUGAACGUGCUCAUUUAUUUACUCCGGAACAUAUGAAAGAGAUUCAUGCCAUGAUUACUUUGGUUGAUGUUUCGGGCAAUAGCGAGGCUAACAGUGAGGAGAAAAAGUUGGAGGCCCUUGAUGAGACUCGGAAAAUUCUAGGGUUAAGACAUGAUUUAGACAAUUUACCAUCACUCACACAAGAGGUUCCAGUGAAUAAAUUGUUUUCGGUUGGAGAUGGGACUGAUAGAUUUGGGUUGCCUCCUGUUAAGACAGAGGCUGAGAAGAUGGAACUGGAUGGGAAAGAUUAUAAAUUGCACAUCCAUGAAACUGAUGCUUUGAAAGCUGCUUCCACAUGUCAACAGAAGUUUAGUCGAAGUUCAUUUUUUACAGAUGAUGAGUUUCCAAGUCCAACUCCUUCGGGUGACUGUGAGGGAGGGGCAGUUGAUACCAAUGACGAGGUCUCUAGUGCUUCUAUAGCUUCUUCUCUAACAAGCUCUAAGCCACCCCCCUUGGAUCAGAUGCUUGUUUCUUCUACUUACAUCAAUAGGUCCAACAUGCAUGGAUUAAUUAAUUCUAGAAUUGAUGCAUCAGGUGCUGGGUCUUACCCAGCGAAAACUUCAGUAAAGAGCAGAGAUCCUAGGCUUCGUUUCAAUAUUUCUGACCAAUCUUCAACGAAAAAUAUUAUGCCUAAAGUGGAAUAUGCUGAAGGAGUUAUCUCAAGAAAGCGAAAGACAGUUGAAGAGUCUUCCUUGGAUGCUACUGCUCCCAAAAGACUUACAAGGUCUUUGGAAAAUUCUCAGCACAAUAGCAGAGAGGAACAAACUAUGGAUGCAAAAGGUGGUUGGCUUGCAGAAAAUACGGUCGCUAGUAAUUUGACCACGACAAGUAAUGGAAAUGAGCAGGCACCUGUUAUAAGCAGCUGUGCCGCAACCCCCUUACUUGCUUUAUUUAAUAGUGAAUCUGUAAAUUCAACCAUGUUACUAAAUAAGCUUUUAGAUAUACAUCAGAGAUUAGCGGAAGUCAAGAGACCAAUUAAUUUUGCUACAAGUGCACUGCAUUUAACAAACUCAAAUUCAGCGAGGGGAACAAAUUCAACUGUGAAUACUAGUCCGACAAUGACUUCUGGUGUUCCGCAAAAUUCUAUUGGAAUGCUUCCAACUUCAUCACCAACAACUUCCAUGGCCCAAACUCUGCAAGUGGAUUCUGAAAAGAUCUGCUUGAAACCCCGGGAUCCACGUCGUUCUCUCCAUGCAAGUAGUACUGUCCAGAAGAGUGGAAGUUUAGGGAGUAAACAAUCCAAAGCAAUUGUAUCCCCUAUGCCAAAUAUCAAGGGAUCAGCUCAUGAAACAUGUGCAUCAGGUUCCUGUCAACCCCAUAAUACAUGGGCAGCAAAUGUUGAGCACCUUUUGGAAGGUUAUGAUGCGCAACAGAAAGCUGUUAUACAAAGAGAGAGAGCUAGGAGGCUUGAAGAACAGAAUAAAAUGUUUGCUGCUAGGAAGUUGUGUCUUGUAUUGGACAUAGACCACACACUUCUUAAUUCUGCUAAGUUUGUGGAAGUUGAUCCUGAGCAUGAUAAGAUAUUGAGAAAGAAAGAAAAACAAGAGCGUGGAAAGCCUCGGAGACAUCUUUUUCGUCUUCCACAUAUGGGAAUGUGGACUAAACUCAGACCAGGAGUCUGGAACUUCCUGGAGAAGGCUAGUAAACUCUUUGAGAUGCAUCUUUACACUAUGGGAAACAAGCUAUACGCAACUGAAAUGGCAAAGGUGCUUGAUCCAAAUGGAGUAUUGUUUGCUGGUAGAGUAAUUUCUAGAGGUGAUGAUCCUGAAACAGUCGAUAUUAAAUGCAAAGAUUUGGAAGGCGUUUUGGGUCUGGAAUCAUCUGUUGUAAUUAUAGAUGAUUCACCAAGAGUCUGGCCUCAUAACCAACUGAACCUUAUAACGGUGGAGAGGUACAUAUACUUCCUUUGCAGUCGACGUCAAUUUGGGCUUUCUGGUCCUUCUCUUUUUGAGAUUGAUCACGACGAGAGACCGGGAGCUGGGACUCUGGCAUCCUCUUUGGGGGUUAUUGAGAGAAUACACCAAAAUUUUUUUGCGUCUCAAUCCUUAGAAGAAAUGGAUGUUAGAAAUAUCCUAGCUUCAGAACAGAGGAAAAUCUUGGGUGGUUGUCGUAUAGUAUUUAGCGGCGUGUUUCCUGUUGGCGAAACCAAUCCCCACCUUCACCCAUUGUGGCGUACGGCUGAACAAUUUGGUGCUUCUUGCACAAACAAAGUAGAUCCUCAGGUUACUCAUGUAGUUGCUCAAUCCCCUGGAACUGAUAAGGUGAAUUGGGGUAUUUCCAAUGGAAAAUUUGUUGUCUAUCCUAACUGGGUGGAAGCAUCAACAUUGCUUUAUAGGAGGAUGAAUGAGCAAGAUUUUGCCGUUAAAACAGAAAAACAACCACCUAAUAAAAUACGUUAAACAUAAAUUAAAAAACCUGAAAACGUAAAUCAAGAAUCACAUUGAUCAAAACUGGUCAGGGGAAACAAUUUUAAAUAGUGACCCCCCACCAAUUGGAAAAUUUUGAGAAUUUGUAAAAUCGGCAAUAUCGUUCAUUAUGUUAAUUUUUUGCUGAGAAGGCCAAAACAGUAGUACUAAAGAGUUUGACAAAACAGUAUCUAUGUUCCAAUUGAUAAUAAUGGAAAGAUCCAUGUGUUGUACUAAAAAAGAACCACACAAACAAAGAUUACCCUGGCUUGAUCCGGUGUUUGUUGUGUUGUGUUGUCUGCUCAAUUUUGGAAACAUUAAUGGUCCCAUAUUUUCUGUCAGCUUCUCGUACCUGGCAAUGACUUUGGUGUCGUAUGACUUUGUUUGGACAUGUCCUUUGUGCCUCAAUCUAACUCCUUUUUCUCUCCAGGACGUGAUAUUGUACAAAUUUGUAGGCAUUUUAAACGUAUUACAAGCACAUUUGAAUCCUUUAAGUGGGAAAAAAAAAAUCAAAGGUUAUUUUAUUAUAACAAAUUUGUGAUUUAUAAUGAUAUACCUAGAAUAUAUGUCUUUGAUAUCACACUCUAGAGCUGGA